UGCAGUGAGGGGUGUGUUGCUUUGGAACGCUCUUGUUCGCGUUUUUUUUUUAAUUAAAUAUUUAUUUAUUUAUUUUCGCGCAUCGAGACCCCGAUUGUCGUAGUUGUAUAUUGAGGUUCUGAGCGUGCGGAUGUCCGAUUUCUUUCUCGUCCCAGUCGUUUACGACUUCGACGUUUUUGUGAAUGUGCGGGAAUAAACAAUGUUUCUCAUGGGAUAACUUUUAAAAAAAAAGCCAUCCAUAAUAUAAAGUGAACGGUAUGAUGGAACCGGAAAGCAACGCUGAGAAGAAGGGUAACACCGAGUAUCAACCGACGAAAUGUCGGGUGACGAAGCCUCCGCCGCCGAAACCGGCCGCAAAUCCAAUGCAAUUCGUUAAGGUAGCGCCCUGUCCAUUAAUUCAAAAGGCUCAAGACCAGGUGAAAAAAUUCGAGGAGACCAAAAUUGCACGGCAAGAAGUGCGAGAAGAAGCGGAAGAUUGGCAGCUGAACUUAGAUAGUUGGAGGAACAACCGGAGAAAACGUCAGGAGCACAUCAUCGAAAGGGUGGUCGAGGUGAAAAAGAAUGAGCUGGAAGACCACGAUCGAGCCAAAAGGAAGAACAAGACGUUUAACGAGAUGGUUGAAGAGCGCAAAGGAAGGCAAAGGCUGAAUAUCCCGAUUUACAACGACGAAGACGGUAACGACCUCAGCGACUACGGCAUCGGCAGCAGCAGCUCCAAGACGAACAGCAUCAAAGACGUGGACACCGACGACAACAGCAGCGUGCUGGACGAAAAAGACUACGCCCACAGCAACAAGGAAUCGAGCAACUCAAACCAAAGUCAAAGUGAAGACGAAACCAAUACCAAGACACCAGUCGAAAAGGACGAGGAGCAGACCCCGGCCAAGCGAUACGUACCUCCAAAGAUACAACUCCGUUCUAGUUUCGAAUUUUUGAAGAGGAACGCCGCCCCCGAAGAGACCCUCGAGCCCAAAGAACAAUACACGUACGAAGGAGCCAUCCAGGAUUACCGAACAAGGAUUCGAACAAAAAUUAAUUUCGACGAAUCGGUUUUUAACAAAUCAACCCAAGACUACUCGAAAAUUAGGGAAGAAGUCGAAAGCGUCGUGCCAAAAGGUAACAUAUUCAAACGUAAAGUCCUCUUCGAAUCCGCAGAAAGCCGAAACGUCAAGGAGUUCGAGCAAAUCCUUCCCAAAGGGAGCUUCUCCAAACGCAGGGAGAUUUUUGAAGGCGACGACCUGAUCAAGAAGACCAAAGAAGGUGAGUGCAUCAUACCAAAAGGAAGCAUUUUAAAACGAAAAGAAAUCUUCGAAAGGGAAGACUACACACAAUCAAAAGAAGAUUUGAUGUGUGAAAAAGCCCUACCCGAUUUAGACGACUACAACAGCAUAACGCCCUCCAACUACGCCCCAUCCACUUCCUCCACCGAUCUAAUGACGAUGUCGUCAGAUAGAGAAGAUAGCGGGAUUCAAACGUCCGACGUUUCUUGCUCGGUGAGCCAAUCUGAUGAGCAGUGCGAGGAAAUCGAGACAAUACCUAAAUGCAUCGAACAAUUAAGUGUUGUCAAAGAAACAGAAAACCACCCGGAGGUGAAUGAACCGAACGAACUAGACGAAUCCAAAGAAGCCGAAACGUACCAAAGCGCACCCCAACAAACUGUAGAUAAUCUAAUCGGUAACCAAAAUCCGUCUUCUUCCUUCGAAAAUUUAAAGACAAUCAUCGAGGAAUUUAUUACACUCGAAAUCAAAAACGCCUUACCACCCCUUAAAAUAAUAAAACCGCAAUUAGAACCCAAACCGCCACAAAUCAUCUAUGAAAACGUCGAUUUGAGUGGAAAUUUAGAUUUCAUGAAUCCUGCUACUAAACUCGAACCGCCCAAGGUGAAACCACCCCCACCUCCUCCUGAAGAUCAAGUUGACGGCGACCAGGAAGCCGAAUGCGAAAACAAUUUUCGCCGCAUCAAUUCCACUAAACGAAUCAAAAAAGAAAUCCACAUCAAACGAUCCAGCUUUUUGGGGCUCGAUGAACCCACUGAGGAUCAAAUCCAUCCAGAAGUUUGCAUCGACAAGCCACCGGAUAUCAACAGUUUUCUUGAAAAAGAAAAAUGUCUUUAUAAAAAAUUGCAAGAUAGUCGCGGUGGUAGUCAAGAUUCUGGAUUGGAGAUUGAAAGAGGCCGACUAUCCAGCGAUACUUGGUGCAGUAGCAUCGCUGAUUUUAGUACCCCGAUUCAUGAACGACAAGAUAGCGAACAAACUAGUAGUUUUACAUCGGAAGAAGAUGAGAUUACGAAAAAAGAACGUGAAAUAAUCGAAUUGGUGGAGAAAGAAGAAAAAUCACGCGAUAGUGAUUAUUCCAGCCAAACGACGCUAAGUCCAGUUAAUACCAAGUGCAUUUCAACCGAUACCUACGAUACGUUAGGUAGCGAAAAAUUUGACCGUCCAUAUUUUCCUAUGAAUACCUACAGGACCAAUUUAGAUGAUGAAGACUCGGAAGUUUUACGGGUAGAAGCCGAACUGAAACAACUAGAAUUAGAAGAAUUUGAACGCCAACGCGAAAACAUGUUAUUCCGCGAAAAACUCCGCCAAAAUAGACAUUCAUUAGAGAACAUCUGUGAUGCGAGGAUCUAUCCACAAACGUAUAACGACAAAGUUAACUAUCGAAAAUCGAUGCCUGAACUUCAAGUAGCUUCAGAGUACCGAAAACCACAUCCUGAAGUUCCCAAUUAUCAUCACCCAUCACCGGAAAUUGAUUACCAAUAUCGCAAAUCAAUGCCCGAUAUUCAACACGCUUACAAUCGAUCCGUUUCAGAUUAUUGUAACAAUGGAAGAAUGAAUAUUGAGUAUCGAAAAAAGUUGGGCAAUAAAGAACAACACGAAACGGAGCGAUUUGUUAAUAAAUUAAAUCCAAUCGAAAUGGAUAACGUUCAACACGGUAACAAACAAGUGAGACCAUUAACGAGGCAUAGUUUACACGUCUUGAGUGCGGUUCCAAAACCUAGGCACAAUGACAACUGGAUAACACCAAAAGCUAACCCGGAAGUAAAAAGUUACAAUCAGCAUUGGUUAUAUCAGGAAGCGGAAUUACGGCGAAUAUCGGAACAAAAUAGUAAUAUGAGAAAUUGGCAACAACAUCAAGAUAUUGGUGAUCAAAGGAUAUUAAAUAGGGCAAAUGGGGCCAACAUGCCACCAACUCUUAGGAGUGUUAGACCCGAACACAGUCCGACUAAAGAGUAUUUUGAGCAUCCUUAUUUGGGCCAUGCGCAACCGCUGUCGUAUCCCCCGCACGUGCAACUAGCCGAUAACCAAGAUAAAAUGCUUAGCGUUAGCGGAAAGAAAAAAUGCUCGAAUUGCAGCAACGAAUUAGAGGAUUCAGCGGAAUUUAAUUGAUCAUUAUACUCGAAAACGUUAAUAUAAGAAUCCUGAUCGUUAGAUACAUCGUGAAAAUAUUCAGGAAUAUCCGCAUACUCGUUAGAAUCCCACUCAUCGGGAAUAGAAACCGCCGUUUCAGAUUGACCCGCAUAAUCUAAUGAUGAAGUUUCAGUUGUAUUACCUUCAUCAAAGUCCUUUUGUUGCCCCUUGUUGCAUUGAAGUUCGGAAAAUGGUGAAGCACUGACAUAGGGACGUCUACGUUGACGACGUGAACGAAUUACAGGUGAUACUUCAGCUCCCACCUGCUAAAAUGAUUUAAUAAAAUGUAUUUAAUUCUUAAAAGAAAUAAAAAUCUAAAUCUUACCACA